AUGAGCACAUCAGCUCAGGGUUGUGGCCGGUGUUAGCUGAUAGUAAGCAUAAAAGUACUGGUAAACGCUGGGGAUGUUAACACUCGCGAAAGUAUAAUAUUACCUGUCAAAUAAGAUGGUACAAAUAUGUGUAGUUAAAUAUUUUUUACAUGGUUAAUAACAUCUUUCCAAUGAUUACUCAUUCGUGUUACUUAGUGCAGUAAAUACGUGUUACUUAUUGCAGUAAAAACAACUAAUCGCAUGAACCAUCCUGCGCUCCUAGAAUAUCAACUCUGUCAAUGCAUUAAACGUAAGAUUAUAUAUUUUCUUUAAACAUUCGACUGCGGAGUCACUUGAGUUGAAUUUGAGUGGUGAUGAUUGUGCACCGUGCCUUCAAGGCGCGCGACCCUUCUGCAGUGCGUGAGCUACUCAUCUCUUGCCACGUAAAAUGUUAAACUUUCCAUAUAAUGUCGGUUAAUUUUGAGUAAUUUUCUUCAGUUUGUUGUCCAUCUGAAAAUCCAUAAAUUUAUUCAUUUCAAAGUUCGAUUAAAACGUCCAGUUAAAAGUUCGGUGACAAGGGACGAUUGACAUGGCGCGCAGUCCUCACCAUAGCGCGAGAGGAGGAAUCGCGAGCGCGCGAGGCAAAACUUAAAUAGAAAAUAUUUCGUUGGAAUUAAAUGAGUAGUAUGUUGAAGCAUCUUGUCUUGCAAAAAAUUCGAGUGCGUUUUAAAUAGUGUUCAUCAGUAACACUUUUGAAAACCGACAAUCAUCAUAUCUUGCCCUGACCGAACAAUGUCUCCCAAAUGUUGGUUGUUCACUUGUUUAGAAUUAUAAUUUAUAUCGUGAGCAUUGUCGUAUAUUGCAUAAGUAACGUACAUUAAAGAAGUGAUCUUCGUGAUGAUGUAUUAACUAGAUGCAUGUAAGUAUGAACGUUACGGGAGUAAUCGAGCCCAAAGGCAGGCGUGAUAAACACAGUGAGUAUGGAGGCAACUCCCUCACUAGAGCUGAGUGCUGGAUGAUCUCAGCGACGUCCGCAUUCAGUACGCCGCUUCUAUAAUAACCUCGGGCCUGGAGGACGCUCGGUUCGAAUUCGUGAGAGCGCUGAUUUCGGUUUCCAAGAGGCGAGGCGAUAAAAGCGACGUCUUGAGAUGGCGGAAACUGCUCCUGCUCAACCACCAGCUGCGGCUACUUCAGCGCCUAAAAGCCCCAAGAAGAAGCGCGCCGCUCCAAAGGCCAAGAAGGUCGGCCCCAGCGUGUCCGAGCUCAUCCUCAAGGCUCUGGCCAGCAGCAAGGAGAGGAACGGCGUGUCUCUUCCUGCGCUCAAAAAGUCGCUUGCUGCCGGAGGAUACGACGUGGAGAAGAACAAUGCCCGCGUGAAGUUGGCCAUCAAGAAGCUCGUGGCCAAAGACGCCGUGGCGCAAGUGAAGGGCAGCGGCGCGUCUGGCUCUUUCAAACUCAACAAGGAAAAGGCUGCCGCAAAGGCGAAGCCCAAGUCGUCAACGGCAAAGCCCGCAGCUAAAAAGCCCGCGGCAGCCAAGAAGGUGAAGAAGCCCGCGGCAGCCAAGAAGACCGCGCCCAAGAAGUCUCCCAAGAAAGCAAAGAAGCCCGCGGCUGCCAAGGCGGCCAAGAGCCCCAAAAAGGUGAAGUCGGCUGUUAAGCCCAAGAAGGCGGCGAAGAGCCCAGCCAAGCCCAAGGCUGCGAAGCCCAAGGUCGCUAAGCCCAAGACCGUCAAGGCCAAGGCCGCCAAACCCAAGGUGGCCAAGCCCAAGAAGGCCGCGGCCAAGCCCAAGAAGACUGCGCCAAAGAAGUGAAUCCGAUGGGACGACCGACGCUCGAUUCACUCCACCUCAACGGCUCUUUUCAGAGCCACCCACUUCGUUAAAAAAGUGAACCAGAUGCUGCUGCGCUUCAAUUAGUUCAAAUUAACUGUGUAACAUUUCACCCACUCGAUGUGUUUUAAGCAUUGAUGUGAUGGGAGUGAUCGAGCCCGAAAGCAGGGAUCACAAACACAGGCGAGGCGGGUGGCAGCUCCCUCACUCGAACUGAGUGCAGAGUAAUCUCAGCGACGUCAGCAUUCUCGCUGGCGAUUCUAAUCUAAAUCCAGAUUCAAAAUCGAUGCAUUCUUGACGAACCUCCAAUUUUGAUUAUGUGUUGCACCUCUUCAUUCCGUCAUCAUGUUACUGGUGCCAAAUAUGGAAUUUAGUCUAAAAAUGUAUUGAUUCCAGACAGCUUUACUCAAUUUGCCUUCAUUCGCUCGUUCCGCCUUUUCACUUUGUUUUUGUUUUGUAAACAUUGCGGUGCACCAUCUAAACUUCUCUAUUAAAUUAAUUUACUAUACGUAAAUAUCGCAUUGUUUGCAAUGUCUUUCUUACUUUGGGACAACUAGUUGGUGACGUUCACUCAACUAUUGUGUUGGAAGCCGUUAAGCUUCACACGAUUAUAAAGUUAGUUCAUCUUGUUCACUUGCAAACAAGACCUUACACCGAUUAUUCACUCCACGUGCAAUCUUGCAACAGAUCGCGUUCCUCUCGCGUUCGCUGCGGGUGUGCCAAUAUCAUUCCAGAGUGCUUCGAAGAAGGGCCAUUGCCCAAAACGUCGCAUAUUAUACAUGUCAAGGAAGUGUUAUUGACGACGGUGGAGGGUUUUCUUCGUCGCAGAGGUUAAAGGUGGAAGGUUUAAGGCGGAGCCAUCGCGGAGGGCAGGGGUGGUCGGUGACGUCGCCACGCUUCGGGUAUAAAGGCGGCUGCUGCUGCAAGCUGAGCGCGCAGUCUCUCGCGAGGAGCUUUGUCACAAGUAG